GAUUCAGAGGCACUUUAUUGCUGUAUGUUUGUUAAUACGUUUGAAAGAAUACCAAAUUAUUGUAUCUUGUCUUUUAUCAAGCCUGUAAACUUAUUCAUUAACUCACCUUUCUACAGCAGGGGCUGGAGGAGACCUCAUUGCAGUUUGAAGAACUGUGGGAGUAAUUAAUAAAAUGAUGAAGGCAGUCAGUCUUACUCUCCUCAUAUUAACAGUGUCUUCAGGUACUGGGGAGCCUCACAAUUCUGAAACCAAGUGGCAAUCUUUGAAUCCUUUGUUUGGGAAACUUAACAACACGAAAAUGUCAACAAAAGAAGUGAAAGAAGAAACAAAGAAAAAGAUCUCAAACAACAGCUCCCAAUUAUCUCCUGAUGUAACUCACCCUAGUUACCAUAACUUAAGGAGAUCUCUGCAGAGCCCUUUGGAUUCUCCCCUUCAUGCUAGAGUUUCCUCAGGAGAUUCUGCUGUACUGGAGGCCAUUCGAUUGGCAAUGAGUAGUGCAACUCAAACAAACAAACGGGAAUUUUACUACAUAAUCUGGAAAGCUCUGUUCAGCAGUCAGAUUGGAGCUACAAGUUCAGAACUGCGCUAUCAACUGCCCCAGCUGCUUUUCUAUCUUUUUCAGGCAACCAAGGACUCUGAGCCUUUCUUUGCAUAUGUUGAAAAGUUGAUGCCAUCAGGAGUCAACUGGAAAGUUGUACUAAGGUCCAUACAGGGUGACGCCUGUUACAUUACUUCAAUUAUGAGCAGAAGAUCCUUCAGUGAUUACAUUGGAUUGCUUCUUGCAGCCAGUGUGAAGUCAAGUAGGUCAACAAUGGGGACUGACCCCUUCAGUAUUCAAAAUAUACUGUUGAGUUUCGUUAAGAGGGUGCGUCAAGCCUUUUCCAAUGAGUUAAAGCCCAUUUGGUAUUUCUUUGGUCAGAGUGUGUUCCCAUUGUUUGAAUCUUACAUUGGUCACAUCACAAAACAAAUCCUUUUGACGCUAAUAAACUUUGUCUUGGAACAAAUGCUAUUGUCGAACAAUAUAAUUAAACUGGAUGUUAAAGGACAGUGUUCCCAAGGGAAUCUGAACCAGCUCCUCACUUGGGGUCUUCUUCAUAACUUGACCUGGAAUUUUGAAGCUGUUACAAUAGAUGAUAUGCAAAUUCUUCUUCGUCAAUCUCCUGCUGAACUGUAUAGGACUACCAGAGUUUUUAAGGUCAUUUCUGAUUUUUCUCAGCUCCCCACAAGCUGCAACCAAGAAUUUUUCCUUUCACUUAAUAGAACCUUUUGCAACAAAAAUUUCCAGCAUCAAUUCGACCUUCCCAUGUUUUGUAGUAUCAUAGGAGGCUUGGCAGGAAACAAGUCAGGCCCCUUAGUCAGUGAAGUUUGCAAUAAAAUGAAUUUCAUAUAUACGUAUCUCACUAAGGGAUUAAAUUUCUACACUGAUUACUGUGAGAAAAGAAGAGUUGAUGUAGGGUUUUUUCCUUCAAGUGACACCAGGCAAAUUGAAGAUAUGCUUUGUAAUUACGAUUCGUGGGUUGUUAGAGAUUUGUUCAACUCUACAGAUUUUGGUUAUUGUGCUGUUAUGGAUGAAGUUGGUUUUAGAAAAGCUAUCUGCACUAAUUCAUCACUGUUGGAAAGCAUCAUGAAAAACCCAGCUCACUUUUGGCUGAAAGACUACUGUGAUAGCAAUUCAAAUACAAUGCUUGUUCCCACACUUAUCACUGAUGUAGUUAGUGAAGGUGUGUAUAUUGACUUCACCAUCAGUCCAGCCACCAUUGUCCCUCCUGUAAAAGGAGUAGACAUCUACUGUCGUUAUGAGGAGUGGACGGACUUCUCCAUGGUGGAUAAUAAAGUGAUCACAUUCUGUGCCAGUCAUGAUGGUGACCAUUUCACUCAUGUGAUUUGCACUGAUCAGUCUGCACUUAAGGAGCUCAUAAAGGGCAAUUUUUGGCUGGCUGACUUUUGCAAUAAUUACUCCAUUCUGAGUGGCAAUAGUGAAUUCUGCAUGUAUGACAAGUGGAAGGAGGAUCCUAUAGAUCCAUUGAUAAUCUCGUUAUGUUGGAGGAGUGACCAAACAAACUUCAAUAAAUCAGUUUGCAAUGAUGUGAUUCUCCUAAAUAAAUUGAUGCUGGAUCCUAGCAAUACUUGGCUCCUAUCUGCCUGCAAUGCUGAGAACAGUUGCAAUUAUGAAGAGUGGCUGGACCCUCUUUCUGUAACCUCUGCUGUUGUUGCACUCUGCAAGGAAACUGAUCAAGCAGCUUUUAACCGCAUGGUUUGCACCAAUCCAUCACUCUUGGAGAUUCUGUUGAAUAAUUCUGAAAACUCCUGGCUGAAUGACUUCUGUCCCAGCAAUCCACAUUCCACAGCGGCGCCCACUGUAGUUCCAGAGGAAGGCAGUAAUAUAGUACCUCUCAGUUCUACUGCCAACCCAACCAUGCAAGAAAAUCUAAUGACUGCUGUAGAAAGUCUUUGCCGCUAUGAAAAUUGGAUGUACCCUGCUGUAGUAGAUAGCACUGUGGUAGCAGUGUGUUUCAAUAUUGACAGGGAGCAGUUCAACAUACAUGUGUGCAAAAACCCAGUAAUUCUUCAGGAGCUGUUGAAGAAUGAGUUCAAUCUUUGGCUGUCUGAUGUUUGCAGUGAUUCUUCCAUUUCAGCUAGUGGUGAUACUUAUGUGGUCACGUACUGUCAAUACAGUCAGUGGGCACAUGAACCCAUCGAUCCUUACCUGGUAGAUUUUUGUUGGAGGAAUGACGUAGCAAAUUUCACUCGAUUUGUUUGUCGUAGUGAGAUAUUGCUAAGUGAGUUGUUGUUGUACCCUGAAAAUGCUUGGUUAAAAUCCCACUGCAGCAUCCAAAUCAAUCCCCACACAAAUGAUCAGAAUGAAAACUGCAGGUACGAAGAGUGGAUGGAUCUCUCUUCUUUUGAUCUUGCUGCUGUUGAAUUCUGUAGUCAGUAUGACCUUGACAAUUUUGUACAAGCUGCUUGUGACAAUUCAACACGAUUGUGGGGUUUGCUGAUCAAUGUGAGCAGCACCUGGCUCUCUAGCUACUGCUCUUAUGUUGAAGCAGAUGAAAUAAAUCCUGCUGCCACGUGCGUUUAUUCUUCCUGGACAGAACAACGGGUGGACCCAACCACUGUGGCUCUCUGCUUUGACUAUGAUCAGAGCAAUUUCAAAAAAUAUGUAUGCCAAGAUCCUGAUGUGCUUCAUGCAUUGACCAGCGAUCCAGAGAACACUUGGGUUGAGGCGGAUUGCAUGGAAAUUAAUAACUCUACCAACUCUACAGCGAUCAAGAUCUGCCCAGUGGAAGAUCUCAUCUCGCAACUCCAGUGGACGUGCACUCUGGGCUCAUCUCAACUAUGCACAUCUGAACAGUUGCGAUUGGGGGAUAUCCCUCCUUUACUUAUAUGUGGUUUGGAAAACGUUGGUCUGAUGCUUCAUAAUACACUUAUUGAGGAUCUGACAGUAAGCCUUAUGGAUGCAAUAAAUAAGAUCAUCAUGGUCUUAAUGAUCUUGGAAGAUGAUCAAAUUGUGUUCCUUCAAGUUGUUCAGAAUGCGAAAAGAAGUGUCCUGCAAACUGUUCUAAACUACUUGCAGAAUGAGAAGGACUACAGAAUCAAGAAAGAACUGCUGCAGUGUUUCGGGUCUGUCCUGUUGAACUUGGUGAAAGAGGAAGGGGGUUUAUCAGGCAUGGACCUAAUAAGGGGGUAUUUACAACUCUCUGCAGUCGAUCUUCAAGGGGUGCUUUUUGCACUUGACAUUCAAGCUACAGAACAGCUGCUACAGCACUUGAAUACAAACUGGAAUGGUUUGCAGAUUCAGGAUGAUUUGAAGAGAGUCAUGGCAUCUGUUUACUUCAACAGAAUCCUGCUCGUCAACCCAAAUAUUUUUCUAGAGUUUGAUAAUUUCCUACCACUUCUGUCAGCAUCUGAGAUUCAAGCUCUUCCAGCAAUCAUGGACAAAGAACAAGUAUUGUACAUGGUUAACCAAAGCUUUGGGAAAUUGUCAAGUGACCAGAGACGAGCCUUUAUCCAAUGGGCAGUGAAUUCUGAGCAGUAUAGCAACAUCAGCACAUGGUCUUUGAAAUUCCUGCAUCAAAUUGGUAGUCUGCUCGUAUACCUACCAUUUGAAAAGUUUCAGCUUCUGACCCAUCUACAGAUCCUCAAUUCAUUGAAUGUGCUGUUGAUGAAUAAUUUAACUACAGUCCAGGAAAGGUUUGUCAUUCGCAGCAUCUUAAAAGAGGGAAUCGCAAUGACAGCCUCUGAGUUUGAUUCACUGGGCAGAUUGAUAUGUUCUGCAACCACCUGGGACCUAAGAUUCUACAAACAGAAUCUACAUGUGUUUGACAUCAUUAAGAAACAGCUGCUGAAAUGUAUUGGCAAUCAAAUCUUUGUUCCUAAUGAAUUGCUCACAGAAUUUUUGGUCAGAACAACCAGUGUAACCAACCAAGAAAUCUUGAUGAAUGAUGAAUUAUUAAGUAUGGCUGGGCUUCUUCCAAUCCUUGGGGUGUCCUUCAUUAAACAACUUCAACCUUCACAAAUACAAGCAAUGCUCCCGGAACUCAGUGCAAUGACUUUUUCUCCUGUGCAGGCAAGAGAAAUAACUGACAAGAUACUUCAAAAUGUGUCAAUUACAGAGGAGUUGCUGAGCAACCUGGGGUCAUUAGUAAUUGGUCUCAGCCCAUCGAUUAUGCAAGUCAUUCCAACAGCUUUACUGGUGCAUGCCAUGCCCAGUAUAGCUGAGUAUGGAUGGAAACUCAAUCCUGUUCAGAAACUGAUCAUUGUAAACAAGCUAUGGGAUUCUGGCAAUAUAAAGUGGAUCAAAGAUUUGGAGUCCCUUAUUAGAGACAUUCCUCUAAUAUCUUUGAGAUCAAAGUUGAGCACGUUGCUGUCCAAUAUCAAUGACACAAGACAGAUGAAAUGGUCUGUGCAACAGGCACAGCUACUCUUCAGAAAAGUUUUAGAAGCAAAUGGCCACAAUAUGACCGAAGAACUUUUCACUUCUCUUGGAUUUGUGGCACGUGGUGUGGAUUGUCUGACUCUGAAACGCCUAAUUACGCCCAGUGCAUUUUUGACAUUGCUACAAUUUUUCCGGGAUUUGCCAGUUGAAAUGCCGGUGCCGCUGAGGAAUUGCAUUUUGGAAGCAAUGAAUGGAUUUGUCUUUUCCAUGGAGACCAUGCGCAGCAUGCAACCUCAACUGCUGUUUGACCUUCAGCUGUUGAAAAUUAGAAGAUUUUCCAACACCAUGACACAAAGAUUGCUGCAAAUCAUGGUAGAGAAUCCAGUUCAUUUCUUAAAGAUCCCAAGCUCAAAGCAGAGUCUGAUUGUGGACUGGAUUGUACAAGUACUGGAUUUGCAUAAUAGAAGGUUUUCUAAAGCCGAGUUUGAUUUACUGGGACAUGCCCUAGCUUUUGUCUCUGAUGAAAUAUUCAUGGCCAUUUCCCGAGCAGAGAUGAAGGCAAAUUUGUUGAAGAUUAAAGAUUACUGCUUUGACAGAGGAAAGAAAUUUCUGUUGGGAGAUACGUUAACUAAAGACACGAUGUUUGGUGUUACAACAAAUUGGACCUCACUGACCUUGGAUAAGGUAGACCGCUUGGUUUUCUUUCUUUCAGUAGAUGAUUUACAGAAGAUUCCUCAGGAUGCUUUGAUCAUGGAGAGGAUUGAGAUGUUAUUUCACAGCCAAAAACAGUGGGAACAAGGUGACUUUGGUUCUACUUGCCUGCAGAAAAUGGAGAACUCUGAACUUGACCAUCUCUUCAGAAAACAACAAAUAUUAUUGCAAACCUCAGCCGGACUUCUCAGUGCCAGGCGGCUACAGACCAAAAAUGACCUUGUCCUGAGCUGCAAUGCAGUCCGGAACACACUUCCAUCCGCAUGGCCAAUUGAUUUGUUGACCGGCAUGUCCGAUGAUGACUUCAUCAGCUGCUUGGAAUUGUUUGGUCAAGAUCCUCACUUCCAGUCAUUUGAACUAUUUCAGCUCUUGGAGAGAGCUAAGCAGAUUUAUAGACCCGUGUCGGCAAUGCCACCUAAGGUGAUUGAGCAGCUGGGACGAGUAGCGACUCAGUUCACAGAAAAGGAUUUAAUGAGGUUGGACUUGUCGGACCUUGGAGCAGCGAUGGCUCUGGGUAAAAUAGCAGAAUGGAACAGAAAGAAGCUCACUAUACUGUUUACAUCCUUCCUGCGGGUGAACAGGCGCAGGAUAAAUGAACUGGAUUCUGUCAGCUUGGUAGCUCUGGGGCACCUCAUCUGUGGCAUCAAACAAGUGGAUAUCUCUGCAAUAGACCCGACGCAAUUUAGUAUGGCAGUUCUGGGAAUUGGAAGACUCAGCCUGUCCUGUGAUGAGCAGCAGCUGGCAGCCCUGGCCAAACUUGUCAGUCACUCUCAGACAUUUGGAGAGGUCAGCCGGUGGAGAUCCGAAGAAUUCACUGAAAUUGGUUCUAUUGCAGCUGGACUACCAGAUAUUAUAUUGUCAGCUCUGGUUAAAGAACAAAUUGAAGGACUCACUCCUGUUGCUAUUGCUACUGUCCCGCCAAAGAAAUUUUCAGUAGUAUUCAGUCCUGCACAGAUUCGCAUGUUUAAUUAUCAGCAGGCAGUCGCUGUGACUCCUUCUCAGAUGCAAGAACUUGGCGACUUUCAGAAGAAAGCUCUGGAUAUGGUGCUUACAUCGUGGCACAAAACAGCAAUUGACAUAAGAGGGGAAGGUUGACUGAGAAUGGAGUCAAGGAAAAGUGGACUUGAAGCCAAAAUCAUAUAAGAACAGGAAUGGGGGCUCGAAUGGACAACUCCAACUGUUCGUACUAAAUUGUAUGCCCAGUUGCUGAAAAUGUGGGAUUUGCUUCUGGAUUACUAGUCCAGUGACAUUGCCACUAUCUUCUCCCAUUUUAAGUGAUGUUGGAUAAUUGGUGACAAUUUCUCAUACCAUGUUCUCAGCAUGUGUCAAAAUUACAUCCCUCCCAACCUGUAAUGUUAAGUAACUACAUGUCAAAAAAAUGAAAAUCCUCACUGGCAUUUCUUCAGAUGAAUGCUCACUGUUGGAAUCAAGCCACACCUGGAUUUCAGCUGUUCCCCAAGCACUUGCCGUAGCCAGAAUCUCUCCUUUACCUAAUGCACCAGUAUGUUUUGUUUCAAUUCCCAACUAUUCAUGUGGCUUUGCUAAGUUUACAGUUUUGUAUAGUUUAGGCCUCAAAUGCAUCAAAUUUCUUUCCUCAACCUGCUCCCACUUAACUUUGCCCUCUCCCUUCCUUUCAAACCAUCCCUUAAAAUCCACCCUUUUAAGCUCCUAUAUAUCCUGCCCUAGUUCUUUCUUCAGGGAGACAUCCAUUUCAAAAUUGAUACUAAAAUAAUUAUUUAAAGCUGUGGCAUGGAUCAGAUGUGCUGGUUAUUAAUGAAAUCUUCUUUGUUUAUAGGAAGAUCAUCUGGAGAAGUUAUUUCUGGGAGUUUUAUUGGAAUAUUACUGUGUGUUUGUAAUGUUUUACAUUCAAGUGGAGAAGCUUCUCUGUAAAAUGCAUUUUGUCCUUUCUUACCCUGUAAUGUGUUUGGCUAAUAUUUCAUAAGUGAGUUUUUCGUUGUGUGUUGGACUGACUGCAAACAUUCCAUAUUGAUGAAACGUAUUGUUUGUCAUGCAAACCUUUCCAUUAUUGUUUGCUGCUCUUGACCAUCCUUGAGUUGUGUGCAUUUUAAUAAAGAAUUGUUUUCUGCUUUGAAUUAAA